GAUCAGCGAGAGUGUAGAGUGAGAUCAGUGUUCAGUGCAGUGAUCACACUGUACACUGUACAGUAAUUUGCAGCGAUUAUUGUCCGUUGUGUUUUGUGUGUUGUUUUGCUGCGCAAUUUGUAUUUUGAAAAAUGUCGUUCGGCACGGGCUUUGGUACUAAUGCUUCAGCGGCACAACCGACUUUCAGUUUUGGCUCGGCUACUUCUACAGCUGCGACGCCGGUCAAACCAACCGGUUUCACAACGCCAUCGUUCGGGUUUAGUACCCCGGCAACAUCGACGUCGACCCUAGGAGUGUUUGGAACGCCAGCGACGCAAACGACCGGAUUUGGGGCGACUCCGAGUUUCGGGACACCAGCAGGAGCAGGAUUUCCAUCGACGUCAACGUCGACGAGUACGUUCAGUACUCCAGGAACGACGUUCGGAUUUGGUACAAAUACGACUGGAUUCGGAGGUGCCCCGACGACCUCGACAGGUUUCGGAACUCUCGGAGCUCCAGCAACAACGAGUUCGAUGGGAUUUGGUGGCUUCGGGAGCUUCGGCUCAACGGCAACCACGUCAGCACCGACGUUGUUUGGAAGUUUCGGAGCGCCGAACACUUCCAGGACGGGCUUUGGGACCACCGGUGGUUUCGGAGGUUUCGGUGCAAAACCAGCGACUACGAGCACAGGCUUCGGAGCCUUCGGAACCGGCUCGAGUUUUGGUGGAUUCGGUACUGGCCUUGGACAAACUCCGCAGCAACAGCAACAGCUGCAACAACAACAGCAGCAGCAAUCAGCAAAUGCAAUUUCCGAAGCGCUGUACAACGCUGUCUUUAAUUGCCAGCUAUUCAACGACGAACGUGACAAUACAAUCGCUAAAUGGAAUCUUAUUCAAGCCCUUUGGGGUACGGGGAAAGCUUAUUAUUCCGCAAACGCUCAACCGAUCGAACUUACUCAAGAAAAUCCACUCUGUCGAUUCAAAGCGAUCGGCUACAGUUGUAUGCCCAACGCGGAUAACAACGACGGCUUCGUUGCCCUCUGUUUCAACAAAAAAGACCAGAAAAUCAAAGACGGCAAGCAACAAUUGAUCACCUCAAUCAACGCGAUUUUAGGCAAUAAACCCAACCUCACGGUCACUAUCGACAGCAUUAAAUCAAUCGCAGAAAAAAAAAGUCAAGCCAUUAUUUUCGUUUCCGAGAAGGGAGUCACUGGAAGUUCCAGAAAAAUUCCAGCCAACGAGCUCGUUGCUUAUCUCUCACAGAGCGUACAAAAACAACAGUUGACACAAAUUGGUGUCGACAAUAUUUUCCCCCAAGUCAAAUUGGAGCCUUCUCAGCUCAAAGAGUAUCUCGACAAUCCUCCUUGUUCCAUCGAUCCAAGGUUAUGGAAACAAGCACAGCUCGACAAUCCCAAUCCCGAAAUGUACAUUCCCGUUCCCAUGAUUGGCUUUCAACAAGUCAAACAUCGCCUCAAAUGUCAAGAAGAGGAAACUGCUAAACAUCGCGCUUUUCUCGACAUGGCUGCCGAACGCAUUCAAGGAUUACAACGACAACACACAACUACUCAAGCUCGACUCAAAGAACAUCGGAGAUCCCUCCUCGAGCUUCAACAUCGAGUUCUUCAGGUUCUCGUCAGACAAGAAGUCACUCGCAAAGUUGGACUUUCUCUCCAGCCCGAGGAAGAAGUUCUUACCAACCGAUUCGAAGCCAUGCAUGCACAACUUAGUGCACCCACACAGUUCAAAGGACGAAUCAGCGAAAUGCUCUCGCAAUUGAGAAUGAGGAGACACGUCGACGUUCAGAUACAGGACCGAUAUACCAUGGAUCCUAUCGCUCAGGAUGACAUUAAAGCUUUCUUGAAUAUGGAGCAACAAGGAAUAUCCCAACUGAUCGACACGAUAAAUUCCGACUUGGAGAGUUUGAAGAUUAUAAAAGACGGAAUGGCGGAUCUUUUGACGGGUCACCGUAUAUCGUGAUGGUGCUAAAACAGAGUAAAAACAUUGCACAACGGAUUCGUGGAUUUCAAUAUCCGAGAUCAUCAAGACGGUCGAAGAAUAAAUCGAAAAAGCUUCCAAAAUGAUUAUCCAAUGGGGCAGCAAGGAGAAGUAACUGAAAAGUAAUUGUUCCACUAAGCAAAGCGAGUUUAAUUCGCACGGAAUCGAUAUUUUGGUAUUUUUAUUCUUAUUAAUUAGACUCGUAAGAAUUGGUCGAUCAUUUUCGGAAGCUUUUCUCGCGGAGUGCCUCCGUCAUACUGACUGUUCUCUGAAGUUGAAAGAAAAAAAUAAAACAUUUUUAAAGUGGAACAGAGUGUUGCCAACUUUGCCAUAUUUGUGGAUCGGAUUCGCCCAAAUCGUCACGAGCCAUCGUUGGAACGAAACCAAAAUAAUCAUCGCAACUUUCUCACCGGAAAAAAGUUUUUAUCAACUGAGAGCACAGAGUUUGAACGAACAAUUAACAAACUUCCGGUUCGACUUAUCCGAGGAGAAUUGUGUGGGUGUAAUCGUGUCUCAAAGAGAAUAAAUUAAAACACUUUUUUGUUCUGUUAUCUUUUAUAAAUAAUGUAUUUUGUCUUUAUUGAGUUGCUUAA